GUUCUGAACUUUGAGACUGCAACUAAACUAACACACUAAAUCCCAUCAAAUUCAACUCCCCUGAUUCACGGAACUCUUUUUUUGAGACUUGAUAUCCCUCUCACGGACUUGAAUCUCAUUACCCGCCACCCCUCAAUCUUAUAUUUAUAUUCAAUUGCAUGUUCCCGCUAAACUACAAACUAUAACUUCCUCCCGACCACACUUACAACUUUUGACGUACUGAAGAGCAAUUCUUCUCAAAAUCUCACUCGAAAGGUACUGAGCUAAAAUUCCAUUUCGAUGGCAGUCACGACGAGUUCCAAUUUCAGAGCAAGCACUGAGCUUUUGAUCCCUAAGAAAUGGAAUCAUAGGGAGAUCACUCCUGAGAGAAACAUGAUUUGGAUUGAACCAAAACCUAAGGCUUUCAAAACUGUCCCUGUUAUUUAUUAUCUUUGCAGAAAUGGCCAACUUGAGCAUCCUCAUUUCAUUGAAGUUCCCUUCUCUUCAUCUGAUGGACUCUAUCUCAUAGAUGUGCUAAAUCAGUUGAAUUUACUGAGAGGAAAAGGCAUGGCUUAUUUGUUCUCCUGGUCUUGCAAGCGGAGCUAUAAAAAUGGAUACGUGUGGCACGAUUUAUCGGAGAACGAAUUGAUUCAUCCAACGAACGGUCACGAUUACGUUCUCAAAGGAUCGGAGCUUCUAGAAACUUCGAUGAGUUCCCGAUUUAGUGAAAUUUCACGUUCCGAUCACUUGGAUGAAAAUCGCGAUUCUUCUUGUUCGACUACGGCGAUCAUGAGGAGGAGGAAUCAGUCGUGGAGUUCAUUCGAGAAUCCUCGACAAGAGUACAGUGUAGUGUACAAGUGCGAAUCCGGCCGAGAAAUCGCCGGGAAAUUCAAUUCAUCGGCGGCAGCAGACGCGGCGACGCAGACGGAGGAGAAGCAGAGGAAUGGCGGCGGAACUGUGAGGGAACAGGAGAAUAAGAGUGUGGAGCUGAGCAGAGAAGAAUUGUCUCCGCCACUGUCGAUGGAUAGUUCUGAUGGAAUCGACGGUGGAAGUGGAUCGAAGGGCGUUGAUCAAACGGCUGAGAAUGAGUUUAGCAGUGGUGGUAGAAUGAGGGCGUCUCGUGUUGUGAUGCAGCUUAUCACUUGCGGAUCGUCCACCUCAGUUGACUGUUCGAUGACAAAAGGCAAAAAUAGGGCCAAAUAUUGAUUAGAUAAUGCUGCUGCCUCGUACUAAAAUUAUGAUUUCUUUUAUCUAACUUUUCUUGUUGUCAAUCUUUCAACGUGUAAUGUGAAUUAUAGUCC